AUUCGUGGGAAACAAUUUCUCUUGUAUUUAGGUUGGACGAUGGUUUUCAAGGUUGUGUCUAAUGUUUCCGCCAACGGUAAAAGCAGUCCGCAAAUGUGGUCUUCAUCGGAGACGAUAAAUGAAAAUACAUCAGAGGCACUGAACAUCAAUUCUUCAUUCGGAGGACAUUACCAAAACCGUUUUGUGCCAAAUUGGCAUCUUGUGAAACCCAAAGAGGCGCUGAUAGCUUGGUACAAACGGAAUGGCUCAGAUCUCGAAAUUCUUUCUAUCGUAUUCGACGCGACUAAUUCUGAAAACAAAAACUGGUUUUCUAAAAGUCGCAUAAUUCACUCUCCUUGGACAGAUUUGGAAAGCGAGCCUCUGAACGUAUUCUCGAUCGAAGGCUGUUGCGGUGGAAGGGACUUCUCAUUUCCAGAAAUCAUGGCGGCUGCCCAGGCGAUGCAGGAUGGCUGGCCAUUAUCUCUACUGACUGUCCAUGGGAACGACGGCUUCCUCUUUUCACUGUUAUGUGGAGUAACAGGACAACAUAGACAAAUUGGACUCCGUACGGUAACACUCGCGAAAGGGCAACUACGUUCUUCGAUCGAGUGUUGCAAAAUCACUCCUAUUGGCUUAUUAAAACACCUCGCGAUAAGAUUUGUCCCGAAAACUCGCGCCAGUUUCUCACCAAAUCCAGUUUAA